CAGUGCGAUUUUGAUACUGAUCAACUACAGUACAGUAAGUGAGUGCAGAUUAACACAGGAAAGAUGAUCUUCCCGUACAUACUUCUGUUACUGAUCAUUUAUGUAUAUACAGAUGGAACACCACAUCAGUCAGAUACCAGAUUAAUAGCUAAGACUGGAGAGAAUGUGACUCUCAAAUGCAAAAUAAAUGUAACAUCUGCAGACAUUCAAUCUAUUUUCUGGAUUAGGAUGAAACAGCCAAAAGACCUCCAAUACGUCCUGGGAACUUUCCCCUAUUCAACAACUUUUGCACAAUAUGAUGGUUUCAGUGAACAACGAUUCAAAGCGAUAAAUGAAAAUGGAAAAUAUAAUUUGCAAAUUUAUGAUUUUCAAGAUACAGAUUCAGGCAUUUAUUACUGUGGCUAUUUUUCAAGAGUUGUUGUGAAGUUUGGCAGUGGGACACUUAUGAAUUAUGAAGAAAGUGAAUCAAGGCUUCAGAACAGCACAGACAACACCCCAGCUUGUGAAAUCACAGAAAAAGAUACCCUGGUGGUUUAUGUGGUUGGGUUGGGAGUGGCAUUAAGUGUGUGUGUUGCUGUGAUGCCAUUCCUUAUUGCUUCUCGAUUGAGAAGACCUGUUUGUGAACACUGCAAAGAGAGAGCUCAAAAACAAAUGCACUGUAACAACUCUGUGGUGGAGGAAACUCGGGAGAGUGAUGCUGAGAGAAUGACCUACGCUGCUUUGGAUUUUUCAAAAAGAAAACCUAAGGGAAAAAAGAACAAGGAGUUGAAAUCAGAAGUUGUUUAUUCUGAUGUAAAAAGUGAAAGAAAGCAAAGACUGAAGACUGGUAACCCAUGUACUGAGACAUUCAUUCAUGAUGAAAUGUACUAUUGAUUGUUAUAGUUAUAAAUGUUAUAUAUACAGUAGAUUGAUGUGAAGGGGGGGGUUACGAUAUGGGUGCUGAAGGGACCGGGCCUGCAGUUACAAAGGACACAGCAAGCGACAUCAGCGGGCGCCUGUUUGUGUUGUUGUUUAUUCUACCACCUCAGUACCCCUUCAUAGGGCCCCUACCUGUGUGUGAUAGUUAGCU